AUGAACAUAUCGCUUCGAGCGUCAUUGAAAUGGGUGGUUGUGUGCGCAUUAGCUGUGACGAGUCUUCCGAUAGCUUCUGCAAUCCAUCUAGACCUCAACAGUGACGCAUCUAUCAAGAAGGCAGCGAAGAUCGUGGCGUCUGGGAUGACAGCGUAUUAUACUGGGCAUUUGCCAGGCGAUGUCCCGGGGAAUCUACCGCCUCCAUACUUUUGGUGGGAGUCCGGUGCGAUGUUCGGCGCCUUGAUAGACUACUGGUUCUACACAGGCGACAGCACCUGGAACAAAAUUACGACACAGGCACUCCUGCAUCAAGCCAGUGCCUCAAAUAACUUCAUGCCGCCCAACCAAUCCAGGACGUUGGGUAACGAUGACCAGUCGUUCUGGGGCAUGUCUGCCAUGGCAGCCGCCGAGCGCAAUUUUCCAAACCCACCCUCAGACCAACCACAGUGGCUGGCGUUGGCGCAGGGCGUCUUCAAUUCUCAGGCUGUGAGGUGGGACACCGAGACGUGCAAUGGUGGACUGAAGUGGCAGAUCUUUCGAUUCAACAACGGGUAUAACUACAAAAACACUAUUUCUAACGGCUGCUUCUUUAGCCUCGCUGCAAGGCUGGCACUGUAUACGGGCAAUCAGACAUAUGCGGACUGGGCUGUCAAAGCAUGGGACUGGACCCAUAGAAUUGGACUGAUGUCCCCUGAAUACAAAUUCUUCGAUGGCUCAGACGAUAAACUGAAUUGCAGCCAAGUUAACCACAUGCAAUGGACGUACAAUGCCGGCGUUUAUCUUCAUGGAGCGGCAAACAUGUAUAACUAUACUCAUGGCGAUGAUGUUUGGCGCCAACGCAUCAUCGGCAUCGUCAAGGGACUCCAAACAUUCUUCUUUGAAAACACAGAUAUAAUGUUCGAACUAGGAUGUGAGCCUCAAAAUAACUGUCUCGUUGAUCAGCGGUCUUUCAAGGCAUAUCUCGCGCGCUGGAUGGCAGCAACGACUCAACUUGCACCCUUCACAUCACCCAUGCUCAUGCCGAGGAUACGCGCAUCAGCUGUAGCGGCGGCAAACGCGUGUACAGGUGGUGCCGACCGGCAGAUGUGUGGCUUGAAAUGGACUAUAGGGGGAUUUGACGGUAGUACCGGUGUAGGGGAGCAGAUGGCGGCUUUGGAGGUCAUUCAAUCGAACCUGAUUAGCAAAGUGAAACCUCCUUAUACGGAGAAAUCGGGCGGAACAAGUAAGGGAGACCCUUCUGCUGGAGGAACGUCCCGUGAUUCCAGUUCUAGAGAGUUAAGACCAAUAACAGCGGCAGAUAGGGCAGGGGCAGUGUUCAUUACGUUGAUACUGAUGGCAGCGGUGGUUGGAGGUUCUUAUUUUGUUAUGUCAGAGUAA